GGCACGUUUCGUUGCGCACUGCAUUUUUUGGUAGGCGUUGAUGAUGUAUAAAAGGAACUGGAACUUUUUCGUCUUCUCUCAUAAAUACCUAUAAUUAAGUAUUUUUUCGCUUUUGAAAUACCGUAACUGUAAGGUUGUUGAGGAUUUUAAAUACCAGCGAUGUACUCUAUUGCAUUGACCUUUGCCUUAGCAUGGAUUGCGCUAGGGCUGUGUUGUCAGUCACCGAAAACCGGAUGUUCAAAGUUGGUUCCUGACGCAAAGUGCUGCCCUGGGCUACGUUGCGUUUAUGAUCAGAAAUACAAAGACUGGGGAACUUGCCAGCCCGGGAAGCCCGAAUCACCACCAUCAGCUAGUCCAAAACCCUCACCAUCUACUGCUAAAACCAGACCACGAUCGACUCAAGAAACCACAUCACGACAACCUGCUAGAAGUGAGGCAUGCAAACCAGGAUCGACGGCGGGUUCCUGUCGCCACGACAACAUCCGCCAAAACCGCUCCGAAGCCGGAGGUGCUCCAGUUGGUCCGCAGAGAUGGCCGUUUGCGAGAUAUCAAGGAAUACCUUACAGAUUUCGGACCAUUGGAACCUGCAAUGUCCGUGGUUUAGCCAGCGCCGGCCGCGCGAUUAAAAUUCUUAACAACGUGAUGCGGAACUGUGUAAGGAUGUUUCCAGCCGAUUCCGGUACCCAAACACCCAUUCUAUACAUUGAUAUUAUUCAUGAAAACCCGGGAAAUCCUUGCAAUCACGGUGCGCCGAGGUCUGAACAAUUUGGGUACAACAGCGCUGGCGAGAACUUGAUCUUCGUCAACACUUGGCCGUAUCAAAAUUACUCUGACACGAUACUUGAUAUUGCAUUUUUACACGAAUUCGGACAUGCGGUAUUUGAUCUGCGACAUGAACAUCUUAGGGCCGACCGCAACCAGUACAUAAAUCCCAUAUUUGAUAAAAACCUGUAUAUCUGCGAAGAAAAUAUGGAUCACUGGCGCACUUCGCCGUUCGAGAUCGCGUAUUACACUUCGGACUUGAAAUUUUCUUACGACAUUCACAGCAUAAUGCAUGCAGGCAUGCGUGACUAUGCAGCAACCGCAGCACCGACGGUCGAGUUGGAGCCUGGAUUACCUCAACUAUGGACGACUGGUCCUCGCGAAGAUAUACCAUCGCACCUAGGAUAUUUCGAUGUUGCAAGAAUGAGGGAGCGCUACGACUGUCCGUUGGAUGAUCCCCUGUUGCACGAAGCGCGGUUAGCAUCACGGAAGGUCGUUCGUCUAGAUGGUUGGAGAAUUCAGUGCCCGAACGCUGCAUUUAGCCGCAAUUUGACCGGUACAGGAGACAUCGCCACAAUGCAGGACAAUGAGCUCUGGAUGAAAUGCGCGUUUUUGACGAACAGUAACGGGAAAUUGGGAGUUGCAAAUUUUAACUAUCAAAACGGAGCGUGCGACGUAUUUUACAAUUUGAGCGGAUGCAAAUAUACAAAAUCCCAGGCGGAAAAUUUCACAAUAACCAUGAGGACAAACCGCAUUCUACGAACAUUUCACAGCAUGGAUAUCGCAGGUGUCGCCAUAAUCCAGGGCGUAACCGUUGACUGGCCAGAAGACCCCGAAAACGAAUUUUUGCAAAUGGAAUUUUUUGAGUGUAACGCUCUGUGCCACCUUAUGCCCGGUGUAUGCUUUUCUGUGGCAGUGAAAGUGGAAAACGGAAAUCUAACAGGAUGUUUCCCGUAUGGUGGAGGGCAAGGAAGACCUGUGCCCGCUCCGUCGACGCUCACAGCGUUUAUUGUGCAGGACUGGGACACCAUGGAAAACUAUAACACAUUUGUUUAUGGAUUCUAAUUUGCUCUUCUAUAGCUUGCCGUUGGACUGCUUUACUUUUAAUACACAUUCUUUCACUCUAAUUCGUCUUCAAAUAAUAAGACCGUAUUAUCAGCUUGUUCUCCAGAAUUAAAUUAAAAUUAUUGCCCAUUAUAGAGUCCACAAGCAAACGAUGUUUAUUUAAAAUCACAACAAGUGUUUUCCGAAAGGCGAUAGCCGCCGAAAAAGG